AGUCUGCCGGAAAUCAAGAAUAAGAAGAAGUGCAUGCAUGGCCUUUUUGUGCAGCAGUCGUUUAAUUAUAUGUUUACUAAUUGUUGCGUUUCGUCACCAAAGUUCAGAGCAUAAUCAGUCCCGUUUAAGGCAAGUUUAUCUCCAGCCCCGUUUGACUUUAUUUGGACACCGUUGUACUAGCACAGAUUGCUAGCAUUCAUUGUUUGCUAACGUUUGCUAACUUUCGGAAUGGUCUGAUUUAUUCUUGUAAGCUUUACUGUAAGAUUUUUUUUUUAUUUCGAAACGUUGAUUUGUUCCUUUUGCACGGGGCACAUUGCACUUUAUUCAUUGUUUUUAUGUUGCAGUAGUAGAUCAUCAGGAUGUGAUUGCCCAAAGUCGCUGUUAUUAGCUUUAUUGUUACAGUGGUAGCCAUGACAAUAACAUCAGUAUAGGCGAAUUGUGUUGAAGGAGAGAAAUAUUUACUGUAGUUAAGAGGUUGGCUUUUAUUUGUGUGAAUCAUGAUGGAAAGAAAACGAGCCUUGACUAUUCAGUUUGCUCGUGCCAAGGACAAAAUGAUGGAGGAUCCUCUGAGAAUCCCUACAUCUUACCUUGAAUGUGGAAAAUUCCAACAACAACAGAUUCCAUGGACAGCAAUCGCGGAUCAUAAAUCCAGACGACGUGAUUCAAAACGAACAGAUGGAGCUGUGCUGUUUGACCACAACCAUGCAGCAAUGGUUAGGUUAGGUCUGUCAGAGAGGAAGCCCUGUCUGAUUCUGACAGAUGUCCUGAAGACUGAAGCAGGCAAGGCUUACAUGGAGAAGCUCAAGCAACAUGUAAAUGGGAAGGAGAGCAUGCACGCCAAAGAUCUACCCAUGGUCUCCAGAGACAGACAGUCCAGUCAAAGAAGGAGCAUAAACUCAAAAAACAAGCAUGUUUCACCUAAGACCAAGCAGACUCCUGACUCAUCCUAUAAUAGUAUUGCAUCAUGUAGAUCCACCUCUAGAUCAGCAAAAAAGCCACAAACUGAGGAGGAGGAAAACAACAAAGAUAAUAAUGAUGAAGUGGUAUCUGACAAAAAUGAGUUUGAACUUGUGGAUUGUGGAUUGUCUGUGACGUGGGAACAAGAAAAUCACGGUAGAUCUUCUGCAACUGAAAUCAAGAAACCUGAACCAAAAAAGACACCUCAGAAGAGGAAAGUAAAUGAUAUUGUGUCAGAGUGCAACCAAACAGACACCCCCAAACGCCCCAGGGCCAGUGUUUUGCGCCUCCCUGGAGUUGUAGAUCUGGAAGGAGAAGCUGCAGUUUGUCCAGAGAAGGAAGCAGAAGACAAAGAUUUGAAAAACACUGAUGGUGGUAUUGUGCAGUUUACUGUAGGGGAAGGUGAUAAAGCUGCAGAACCCAUCAAUGCAAUGUCACAGGAUAAUGGUGCAACCACAGCCAUAGCUGAACCUAUUGUUCUUUCCAGUGAUGAUGAAGACCGUGAUGAAAAAGGUGAUAGAAAAAUUGUGCGUCAAAAACGGCCCUCGCAGAAGCCAAUGUCCCCCCAACAGAAGGCCAACCCUUUAGAAGAUCUGCAGGUGUUUCAAGUUCUUGUAAAUGAUCAAUCUGAUUCGGGGAGAGAUACUUGUUUGUGUUUGGCCUUUUCUGACCUACACUGUGGGCCAUACCAUGCCAAGGCAAAUGGCGACAUCCUUAUUACUGAUGAAAAUAUUAUUAUACCACUAAAAAAUAUCAGUGAAGAAAUGGAUUUGAUUAUCACACUGGAGCGUAAACAGUUAAGACGGUAUAGCAUUUGGAACAAGGAAGAUCUGAAAUCCCUAAAAUAUUUUUCAGACAGAAACAAAUCAGAAAUACCUGAAGCCGGAAUGCUAUGUUGUGUCUCGGAAGCUGCUGCAGAGGGUGUACAGUAUGACCUUUUUGACCUGUGCGAUACACCAGAAAGUACUAAAAAUACAGUGGCUCCUAGCCCAUUCAUCGCGAUCUUUCUGCAAGAUUCUUUAGAGGGUAUGGAGGGUGCUUAUUUGCGUUCCCUUCUGGACAUGGACUGCCUCAACUCUCUUACACAACGAAAAAGGACACUAGGAUACUAUGAUCAAGCAGCCAUUGGCCCAAGUCUGUCUUUGGAUCAGAGUGUAGAACUUAUUAAAUCAAGUGGACUGGAUCCACACCUGCUGCGGCUCCUGGACCAAGGGAUUGACGGCACAGGUGCAGAUUAUGGACAAGAAAGCACUUCCAACUGUGAUUUUGAAAUGCCCAAUGAGACUGUUUUAAAGCUGGAAAAGACGCAGGACAGCACAGCAGCGCAGCCUAAACAAACACCCGAUCUCCCAUCUGAGAAGAGUGUGAUUGAGCCUGUAUACACAUUGUGCCAUCGGCGGCUGGAGGACUCUUAUUCUGUAACAAUGUGUAAACCAGACUCCAGCUGGGUCAGAUAUAAACAUCGGGGACUCGCCCGCAGGUUGAUCCAGUUUCCUCCACCUCCAAUGAAAGGUGGAAUCACAGUAACAAUGGAAGACCUGCAGUGCCUUGACAGUGACCAGUACCUCAAUGAUGUUAUAAUCGACUUUUAUCUGAAGUACCUUCUCCAAAAUGCCUCAGAGUGUGUAGCAAACCGCUCGCACAUCUUUAGCAGCUUUUUCUACAAACAGUUAACACGCAGGGAUAACGCCAGUGAAGGCAGUAACAGUGAAUCUUGUCAAAGGCAAAAACGGUACCAACGUGUUAGGACAUGGACGCGCCACAUGGACAUCUUCUCAAAGGACUUCAUUUUUGUGCCUGUCAAUCAGGAGGCUCAUUGGUAUUUAGUUGUUAUUUGCUUUCCUGGACUGGAGGAGCCAAAAACUGAAACAUUGUCUCCGGGUCAAGACGCAACGAACGAAAGUGACCUCACAGACUCGGAAAAAGAAGACCCUCCCAGUGACCCAAAUUCAGUGACUUGUACUGAGCAGACUUGCCGAAGAAGGACUGUUUGCAAGAGGCCCUGCAUUCUGGUGAUGGAUUCCCUUAAGCGUUCUCCUCAUGAGCGAGUCUUCAAGCUGAUGAGAGAGUAUUUGCAGUCAGAGUGGGAAGCCCGUCGAGGCUCAUCACGGGAAUUUGGACCAGACCAGAUGGAAAGCUCACAUUGUCAGGUUCCUCUUCAGGACAACAGCAGUGACUGUGGCCUUUACUUGUUGCAUUAUGUUGAGAGUUUCUUAAAGGACCCUAUAGUUCACUUUGAGCUGCCUCUACAUUUGAAGUUUUGGUUCCCGCGACAUCAAGUUAGAAGAAAACGAGAAGAAAUCAGAGAUCUAGUGCUCAAACUCUAUCGAAUUCAAAAUAUGAAUGUUAAAACAUAAAGCCACUUGUAUUUACACUGCUUCACAUUCCAGUCGAUUUUAUACACUUUUGCUCACAGUGAGCAACACACUCAUGUUUUGUCCUUUUAAACAAUCUGUAUGAAAAGUGUAGUUAAAUGUUAUUUUUGAAGUACCAAUGCAUUGUAGAAAAAAAACAACAAAAAAACCUAUACAGUCCUGCUUAAUUUUUUUUUUUUUACGAUUAUUAGAGCCUUAUUUUAGAUAUUUAUCAAAUAAAAUGGACAUAAAACACACCA